AUGCAACGUCCACCUAUACCAACACCAAAUCGUAAUCGUGUACGUCCUCAACAAACUCCAACAUCUCAUCAACGUGGUCUUGUUCGAUUUAGUACACCGAAAGCAUCACCACGUCGUUCACCAGCUACACAAAUUUUGCCAUCAAAUAAUGGUGCUAUUUGGGACACAUAUGGUCUUGAUGAAAAUUCUUUAACAAUACGUUUUCUUUAUUCCAAUUUACUUUUACUUGGUAUUGAAUGUUCAUCAAUAUUUAGUCGUUAUCGUACUGGACAACAACAACAACAGAUAUCAAUUGAUGAAUUAUCAAAUUCAACUGAACUUAUUCGUCUUACUACACAUUUUCUUCUCUUAACGUAUUUAAAUGAUAUACAACAAGCUCAAUAUUUACGUGAUACAACACAUUGUUUUCCACCAAUGGCUAUUGAUAAACAACAAGAAUUUAAUCGAAUUGUUAAACAACAUUUUAAAACCUUGUCUGAUAAUUAUCAACAAUAUCCAUGGCCACAAUUAAUUCCUGUUCCAUCAUGUUCACCACGUUAUUUUAUUUGUUUAUUUUAUUUAUCUCAAUUAUGUUUAAUACGACGUUUAGAACCAUUCGAUAUUCAAGAACGUUUUUUAACAAAUGAAAAUUUUCAAAAUAUGGAUUUAACAAAAGAACGUUCGAAACGACAAAUUCGUAUGAUUAAAGCUGAUACGCAACGACAUUAUAUGAUGUUUUUUAGUAAAAUAGCAAAUGAAAAACGUGAACGUAUUGAACAUGAGAAAACUAAAAAUGAAUUAGAUGAACGUAUCUAUAAACUGAUUGAUUAUUUAGAAAAAAUUAGACAAAAAACAGAAAUUAUUGAUGGUUCAUUUGAUCAAUCACAAAUUAUUGAUGAAAAUCAAUUUGAAUUUUUUUCAAACUUAGUUCGGGAUCUUCAUACAAAAAUAAAUUCAGAUAUUUAUAAUAAAUUAGAAUGGUUUACUAAACAUGGUUUAUCAACAUCAUUACCAUCAAUGGGUGUUGAUAUUGGUUUAAUACCAAAUACAUGUCAACAGAUACAUGAUAUUGUUAAUAAACAAGAAAAUAUUUCAAGUCGAAUAAGUCGUCUAUAUCCAAAAUUUAGUGAAACACCAUCAUCAUCAUCUACUUCUGCAAAUAUUACUCUUAGUGAAUUUAUGCAAGCAGCAAAUAUAUGUCUUGAAAAACGUCUUGCUUCUCAUUCAUUAUCUGAUGAAAAUUUUGCAAAAUUAAAAUUAGCACUUGAACAAAUGCAUACAACAAAUGAACGAACUGAACAAUUACAUAAAACAUUAGAUCAUUUAGAACAUUUACCUAAACAUAUAAAUCGUUGUUAUAAUGAUCAGCAAGAACAAAAAACACCAUUUGAUCAUAUUGCAACAAAAUUUUAUCUAUCAGUUGAUUGUGGACAACAAGCAAGAGAAACAUUUCGUGAUCAAAUGAGUAAACAAACACCAAAUUCAUUUGUUACUUGUUGUAAUACAAUUGCAACAAUAAGUGCUGAUGAUUCAAAUAGUGAUUCUAUGAAUAAUGAUACAACAAUUAUUCGUUGUCAAAAAUCAGUCUUAGCACCAUUAUCAACAGCUACUGAUGACGGAAUGUUAAAAGGACUUGAAUGUCUUUUACUUAGUGAACCAGUUUCAAUGCCAAUAACAACAACAACAACAACAAUAGCAGAUGAGGAUGAAUCAUUUCUUACACUUGAACAAGAAUGUAAAAUGGAUUCAGAAAGUUUUAUGAAUCGUUCUCGACGAAAAACAACUGUAGAAACAAAUGUAGCUGCAGUUAAUAUGGAUGAUAAAAUGGAAGAAGAAGAUUAUUUCGAAAAAGAAAAUGUCAUACCCAUUCAACAACAGAUCAAUAAUAUUCAAUUUGACAAGCUUGAUGAUGAUACUAAAUUUAUUUCUCCUAUUAUGUCUGUACCUCUUGCACAACAAGAACCUAUCAUGCCUAAAUUACUCGAACAAAUUGAUACAAUUGAUCCUUAUUAA